AUGUCCCGUAUAUCCACACCACAAGGACCUGAGGACCUGUCUGUCAUUGAGGAAGCCCAAGUCUUACUCUCCCACUUUAUGAGAAACUCCUCGAGGGAAACACGGGGAUCUCCAGCAGGGAAUCGCAGCGAUCAGGAUUCUACUUCAGGGGAAUGCGCCGGCCCUGAGAAAUCCCUUUGGAAGAAUGCUAGGAAGCAUGAUAGGUUAACUAGAACACCCAUAGAGUCUAGGUCGCCAUCAAUAGCUGACGGAAAGCGCCGCCCGAUAUCCAGUGCACUGCGAACUCCUGAUUCUUUGAACCCCUCCGAACAGAAUAAGCGGAAUACCCCAUCAUCACCUGGAGGUGGAGGUGGACGUGAGAUACCAGGGGCUCGGCGCUCCAGGCGUACACGAACUGGACCAACCAACUAUUACGAUAAGACCAACUACUUAGGCUUCGGCUCUGAUGAAGAUGUUAGCGAUAGUCACGCAAAGUCUUCACCCACCACAUCCCGACAAACUAGGUUUUCUAGCAAUACACCUGCAUCAAAGCCCUCAUCUUGUAUCAAUGAUCGAAAUGGGAAAUCCCGUGUCAUCUAUUCUUCGCCUCAUGUGCAGAUUCUGAAGUCACCGUUUGAGUCAUUGGAUGAUCUGGGAAUCUUAGGGCGUGCAUACUAUUCUUCAGCACGUAGCCCAGCGGAGUACGCCAAAAAGUAUCAGAGCAGUCCACCAUCAGCAGAUGAGAUCCUUCAUGUUGACUUCGACCAAACGGAAAUGUCAGCUAUCUUAGAAUUGUUCUCAUUUUUCGGGUUUCAGCCACCCGAAAGUUUGGACGUGGCGCUUUCGGAUCAGAUCAUUCAGAUUGCCUCUAUAUACGAAACACCUCGAAACAUCUCGAAGAAGAUUUGGCGGAUAUGCGAGCUUGCACAGAUCUUAUCAGAUAAUCGGGUUGAGGGUGUCGAUGACAGCCAUACCUGGCUGUCGACCUCGAAGCAAGACCAGAAAGACAAGAACAAGCGACAGACUAGACGCCUGGUCAGAAAGACAUUGGGGCUGAGCAAGAGCAAGUACCACGAUAGUGAACUGCUGUGUUCUGAUAACAAACUCCGGAGAUUAUCGAGGUCUCUGCCAUUCGCCUCGAUACUUAGCCGACGUCGGUUUGAUGAUAUAAACGCCUUUAUUGACGAUGCAAGGCAAGGGUCCCUUGCUUCUAGUUCUUGUUUCAUCAAAGCUACUGCGUCGAAUAGAGGAUCUGUUGAGGUGGUCAGAUCAUUGAACAAAAUCUUGCAGCGCCGUGAGUUGGGGGUCCGUGUAACUCGGCAGCUUUGCUCCACCAUCAAUGAAGACUUCAAGCUAGCAAAAACUUGGAAAGGUGCCUCGAAUGAUGUGAUUGUCUUGGCUUGGGCACCUGAUGGAACGCAAUUUGCUGCAGGCGCAACUGCUCAAUGUGACGAGCAUAACCUGGAAUAUAACCGGAAUAAUAACCUGGUUGUAGGAGAUGUGGUCAACAAUCGUUUGACAGAAUUGCCUGAUCAUUGGGUCUCUCGCCCCUCGGGAAGGGCUGCGACAAGUAGGACUGUGUAUGACGAUCGCCUCUGGAUGAGCGUUACAUCAAUCGAGUGGUGGGACGAUGCGCUCUUUACUGCUAGCUACGAUAACACGGUAAAGAUGUGGAAUACUUCCAAUCAAAACGCCUCAUGUUUCAGAACGCUGCGGCAUGACUCCAAAGUGGAAGUUAUGGCCCGGUCGAACUUUGAAGGAAACUUACUAGCAACUGGCACGCGUUCAAUAGGGCUAUGGAGACUAGCAGAUUCAAUACACUCACUUCUAGAACUGCCCAGGGGGCGAUCUAGAAAGGAUAGGGAGUUGGUGCCCACCUCUUUAGCGUGGGGUGCCAUCAAGGCGACUGGAAAUAUUCUACUUGCUGGGAUGUGCGAAAGGGACGAUGGCAUGCCACAGACUGGACUCUUGGCGGGGUGGCAUAUAGGCGAGGCAUCGACAACGCCUAUGCAAUUCUCCCCUAACUCUCAGAAUAUGUUUGACAUCAAGUGGCAUCCCACCUUACCGAUCUUUGCAGCAGCAACAUCGGUGGGUCAUGGUCCGGUCAACAAGAAUUCCAAGGAAACUAGAUCUUUCGUCCGUCUAUACCAACCUUUAUCAUCGAGAACUUGCACCAUGGAGUUUGAGUGUCCGGCACUAGAUAUCAACGAAGUUAACAUUUGUCCCAGGAACCCAAAUUACGUGACUGCCAGUUGCACUGAUGGCGUUACCUAUGUCUGGGACCAUCGGCGCCCUGAUCAUAUUAUUCACAAGCUGAGACAUGGAGAGCCUUUGAACCAGGUAGACGAGACUAUCAGCAGGGAGCAGGCAGAUGUGGGUGUGAGAAUAGCAUUGUGGGGCGAUAGAAUCGAUGAGUUCUAUACCGGAGCCUCCGACGGUGUGUUGAAAAAAUGGGAUAUCCUUAGAGCCCCGGAAAACGUGCUUGUACAAGAUACGGCCAAAUUUGAGGAAGAAAUAAUGUGUGGUGCCUUUUCAAAGGAUAGGUCCAAUCUUUUGAUUGGUGAUUCUGCCGGAGGUAUUCAUCUUUUGUCCCCGGGACCAUUUUCGAGCACCGAAGGCCUUUCUAUGGAUUUCAAGCCUGCGUCCCAGCCUCAAAUGCGACUUCAUCGCGAUGGGUAUGGGUCUGGUCCUGAGUCAGGUAUUAGAACAGGUGCAGAGCUACUGUCGUCUGGAAAGCUCGUCAGACAUCCAAUCUACGGAGUCGGACAAGGUCCGUGCUAUGAUGGUCCCUUUGCAGCUUGGGCCCGUCCGGAAGAUACUCCUCCAUAUCAGAUCGCGCGAACCCGGCUAAAAGACGAGGUACAGCUGCGGCAACUGCAUGGUGUUCGCCCGGAAUGCAGAAUUGGGUUAGACCAGGUGUCCCAGGAAGAUAUCAAAGCACAGAUCAAGCUUGCACACAUUCGGAACCAGCAGCGGUAUAAUAACAAGAGGACACGUGAGGGGCUUGCAGAUCCUGCCUGUGCCAGUGAAAGCUUCAUCGACCUAGUCGACGACAGACACAGUCCCUCGCCGAGUUACUCCCAUAGACCUAAACGCAGGAUGGACGAUAUUCCGCCAGCAUCGGGUGUCGAAGUCAUUGAUCUAACUGGGGACACUGACACGGAAGAGAACCCCGGCCCGAAGGCUGAUAUCCAUUUCGCCGAAUUCAAAACCGCCCUCGAAGAACUUGGGGAAGAACUUGAGGAAGACUUCUGGUGGCCGUCCAGUGGAACAAUCGAUGCCAACAUUCAGGAUGUGGACGGGGUCUAG